AUUGCACUUCUUGGGAUACCCAACGGAAGGGAACAAAGGGAACGUACCCGUUUCAAAGAAGGGAAAGGUAAUUGCGCAGCAGUUUCUCCUUCUCUACUCUACAAUACCAAACAUGCUUCCGGUGAAAAAACGAAAAAUUUUUUCAAGAACAGACGAAAAGUCCGAUCUCUUCGACGGUUUGCCGGACGAUCUCAUCGUUUUCAUCCUCUGCAAACUCAGCUCCUCCGCUUCUUGUCCUUCCGAUUUCAUCAACAUUCUCUUAACAUGCAAAAGAUUAAACCUUUUGGCUCUCCAUCCUCUGGUGUUAGCGAAAGCCGGAGCAAAAGUGUUCGCGGUCAGAGCCAAAAGCUGGUCCGAUUCCGCUCACCGUUUCCUCAAACACUGUGUUAACACCGGGAACGUUGAAGCUUGCUAUUCUCUCGGCAUGAUCCGAUUUUAUUGCUUGCAAAAUCGGGCAAGCGGAGCGUCGUUAAUGGCCAAAGCGGCGAUUACGUCUCACGCGUCGGCGCUCUAUUCACUAGCCGUGAUACAGUUCAACGGCAGCGGCGCCUCAAAGAACGAUAAAGAUCUCAAAGCCGGAGUGGCGCUUUGCGCUAGAGCCGCCUUUCUGGGUCACAUCGACGCGCUCCGUGAGCUCGGCCAUUGCUUGCAGGACGGCUACGGCGUUCGCCAGAAUAUUGCCCAGGGACGGCGGCUGCUAGUAGAAGCCAACGCGCGUGAGCUUGCGUCCUCGUUACGCUCGUUGACCAGAGGACAACAGCAACGUCAGCAGUGCUACCAACGCUACACGUACGUGGCGGAUUCGGGUUGCCCGUUGCUGAGUGAUUUUGGAUGUAAUGUGCCUGCGGCGGAGGUGCAUCCGGUGAACGAGUUCUUGAAAGAUUGGUUCGAGUCACGGAUGGGAGAGCUAGGGGCCGGGCUGAGAUUGUGCUCGCAUGAUGGGUGCGGGAGGCCGGAGACCAGGCCUCACGAGUUUCGGAGGUGUUCUGUUUGUGGCUUGGUUAAUUACUGUUCGCGUGGCUGUCAAGCGCUAGAUUGGAAGUUGAGACAUAAGGUGGAAUGUGUACCGGUGGAGCCGUGACAUAAUGAAGGUGGUGGCGGUGGCGGCGGUGGCGGUGCUGGAGAAGUGGCGGAGGAAGAGUUUGAGGCAGUAGUCGACCGCUGAUCAAGAUUCCGAUGAAGGUUCUUUAAUUUUAUUUUUUGAAAUCGAUAUGUAGAUGUGGAGAAAGGUUUUUUGGAUGAAUUUUCUUUUUUUAUGAGAACUAAUGGCUGGAAAUUUCCAAAACAAGAAAAAGUAACAGUACUU